CUAUUCUCGGUGCCAUUCCAGAGCUGUCUGCAGACUUGUGCAAGGAAAUCAAGGCGAGUGAAGGUUGACAGGUGGUCAGCGGCAAACACUGGCAGAAUUUCAUCAAACCUGACACUCCCGUGUUGACUCACUGUGAAAUGAAAACCGUAGGUAGAGGAAGAAAGUUAAACAGAAUGGAUAUACACUAAAAAGUAUUGCACAUGACGUAAAAGCUAACGGUAAGCUUUUCUGUCAGGUACAAUACUAUCUUGUUGUCGAUCGUAAGCCUGAUCGUUUGGUAGAAACACACAUAGUAAGUCUUUUCCUGGUACACCAGGAAAAGACUUACUAUGUUAAAGAAAAGAUAAAUUUUUCUUAGUCGUUUAAGAUUUCUUCCUCGGAAACUCGUUAUGAAGCAGGAAGGAACUCUUUUGUCAGCCCUUACAGAGUAUAUGGCUGGCUCUUAAUCUAACAGCAGGAGACUAAAAUUAACUUAAAUCGCAUCACCCACGAAUAAGCGCCCGCGCAUUUCGAAACAUGGCAGAUCUUUUUUUUUAAUCUUAUCUUUUCUCUUAUUUAUAUAUUGUAUAUCUUAAUCCAUGUACGGCAAUAGAUGACUGCAAGAAUUGCAUAUUCCUAAGAAUCUUUUUUUUUCAAAUUAGGAUUUGAUAAAUUUUGACUCGUUUGCGUCCUACUAAGUAAGGUGAACUCAUUGUUUAUGCUUUGCUUCAAUUCCCAACACCAAGCAACGACUCAAUAUGUUAUUGGAAUGAUAUACAUAGAAACUCUUGGAAAGCCUGCCCGAUAAAGCUGUUUGACACUCACACUCUAGGCCUUUUUUUUUAAUGGCGAAUAACUUGAUUAAAGAGGAUCUGAACAAUAAUUUGCUUAAAAUUGUGCUUCAUGAUCAAUGUAUAUUGUAGCUCUAAACGCUUUGUAUAUUCAUCUACAGGCGAAUGUAAUACCUGCGUUAGUGUUUGUGAUGUGAACGCUGACUGGGAAAACACUCUGGGAUCGUAUCGCUGCUCUUGCAGAGCCGGUUUUUCUGGAGAUGGACAUACCUGCAAA